AUGGAAUUGGCACGUAGUUUACCAGCACUUGUGGAAGAACUCCGAGCUCUUCGCAACGACAUGACCCGCAAGUCGGAACUCUACGACUCGCUCCUCCGAACGUCCUCCUCCUCCUCCUCGUCUUCCUCAUCCACUUCCUCCGACCCCCUACGACGAUCGACAACGUCGGACGGUCUCAAUUCCUCGUCCAACCACGACCACGACCACCUCUUCCCGCCGUCUAUCCCCACGCCCUUUUUGCACCGACCAGCGCGAGGCACAUCCGCACUAAAGCACCAUUCGCACUCGCACUCGUCCUGGUCCUCCUCCUCGAAACACUUGGACUCGUACACGGUCAUCUACGUCAGUGGCGACUGCGGCAUUGCGCUGCGCAAUUACGCCAAGCGGGACACGAAAGUCGGGGCCCAGAUCGCCAUGCUGCAUCAUGCCGACGGCGUGACCACCGGCAUGAGCAAGUGCCGCUUAGGGGAUCAGUUGAUGAAGAUCAACAACGAGAGCGUGACCACGUGGCCGUUCGCCGAGAUCGUCGAGACGCUCGAGAUUGCGCGGCGACCGAUUUCACUGACGUUCCGGACGAACGCCAGCGUCCAGACGUCACCUCGAGCGUCGACCGCCACCUCCUCCUCUUUUGCACCUUCCUCCUCCUCUUCCUCCUCGUCGAUGCGGUUCUCCGCGUCGUUGCCACUUCGCAAGUCCAAGUCGCACUCGGAGGCGGAGGAUGCAGCCGCAGUCGCUCGCAAAGCACCGACAUCCUCAUUUUUUUCACGGUCGCGGGUGCUCAAGGCGUCGACUAAGGAGAAGAACGAGCAGAGGAUGCGGGACGGGGGCGUGAUGGACGACAAGCGUCAGAGCUGCAGUCAAAUCGACCGGUUGAAGGACGCUGAAGACGACGACGGGAUGAGCCGGCAGCGGUCAGCUAGUCACGAUACGUUGCAGUCCGUGGGUGGUGGUACCACGACGACGUCGAUGCUGUCGGAGGACGUGGAAACGUGGUGUCGAGAGCAGGAGGAGAUGCACAGUGACAUUAUCAUGCUCUUGACUGAGACCGUGAUGCGGUGCGAGCGACUGCAGCAGGAGAACUUGGACCAGCUGCAGAACCUCAUGCAACUCUCGGUCAGCAGUUCCUGUAGUCUGAGCGAUCGAAGCAGCGCGGCGUCGUCCUAUGCCGGAGCUGAGAAAAGUGGCAGCGGAGGCGACAAGUAUCUGGAGUUUCUAGACGGCUAUGCAGCUGGACCGGUAGCAGCGACGAGUCCGACCUCAUCGUCGCCAAGAGCUUGA